UGGAUUUCUGAAUCUGAAGAUAUGUUACAACUUGAAAAUUUGUAAUAGUAAUCGUAUAUCCAGUGAUGUAACUAACAGUGAUCAUAUACCUAGUGAUGUACCCAAUAGUGCCCAUAUACCUAGUAAUGUACCUAAUACUGAUCCUACAUCUAGCGACAUAUUUAACAGCAAUCGUAUAUCUAGUGAUGUACCUAAUAGUGAUCGUGUAUGUCUAUAGUUAGUCAUAUGUAUGUAGUUAAGGAAGAGCUUUUCUCCGGAUGGAUUCAACGACGAUAUUAGUUUGAACUUCUGCCACUGAUCGUACGAUAAAACUCGACGCGUAUUCAAGCACGAAAUGAUACGUGGACCUUGGAUUCUGUCGAUGGUAAAGAACACCUCGAGCAAAAAUGGAGAUAAAACGUGACACCAUUAUCGGUUUACCAGGAACAAAAAUACCAAAUGUAACCCUGGGACAGUACAUCUACCAACGACUGCAGGAUCAUGAAGACAACAUUGUUCAGGUUGAUAUUCAGACUAAUAAACAUUACACGAGCCGCGAAAUCCUUGAAAAGAGCGUAGUACUCGCUGACAUUUUGAAAAGAUAUGGGAUACAAAUUGAAGAUAGAGUUGGAAUCGCGAGCGAAAAUCAUCCGAGUUAUAUGGUCGUCGCGUGUGCGGCUUUCUUUACGGGGGCUGCAUGGGCGCCAUUAAAUCCGGCAUACACUGAAAGAGAGUACAGACACAUGUUGGACAUCUAUCAACCUCGAGUCAUGUUCGUAACGCGGCGCACGGAAAAAAUUAUAAGUGAAAUUGCACCAACUUUAAGCUGGACUAUGAAGUUGAUACAAGUGGACGACGAGCCUCUCGAUGGACAGAUGAUCACGUUGAAAGAACUUUUGGAUAAACAUAAAAAUAUGGUGAAUUUGAACACCUUUAAACCGGUGUCGGUGGACGAUAAUUCCAAACGAAUGGCAGCCAUUUUGGGAUCGAGUGGGACAACUGGAUUUCCAAAAGGCGUUAUGCUGUCCCAUCUAAAUUUAUUAACAUUCAUAAGUCACAUUAGGUCUCCAGAGUGUAUGAACUCAAGGUCAGGUGACCGUGUAAUGAUAUUCUUACCAUUAUUCCACGGUUACGCGGUCGGUAUGAUGUGCAUGUCGAUAAGUACAGGUGCAAUCAUAUACAUAAUGCGAAAUUUCAAGCCGGUCUCGCUUUUCAAAGCGAUCGACGAGUACAGGAUUACCCACCUUCCAUUGGUCCCUCCAGUUAUGACAAUUCUGGCUAAACACCAGAUGGUACCGAAAUACGAUUUCACCAGCGUCAGAGAAGUAAUUUGUGGAGCGGCACCACUUCAAAUGAAGAUGUGGAAAGAGGUGCAGAGACGCACGAAAAUGAGAUACGUUCGGAACGGUUAUGGCAUGACGGAAUUAUCCAUAGUGUCGAACCUGAGCGAUAGGGAGAGUACAGACGAUAACGUAGGCGUCGCGAUACACGGAUUUCAAUGCAAAAUAGUGGAUCCGGAAACGGGCAAAUCCCUCGGGACAAGAGGGGUCGGUGAAGUUUGCUUUAAGGGCGAUCAAGUGAUGAUGGGUUACUUCAAGAACCCGAAAGUCACCGCGGAAACGAUCGACAAAGAUAAUUGGUGUCACACCGGGGAUUUAGGAUACCUGGACGAGAAAAACGUUUUGUAUAUCACCGGUCGGAUAAAAGAAUUGAUCAAAUACAAAGGUUACCAAGUGUCGCCGUCAGAGCUAGAAGCUGUGAUUCUGACGCAUCCGAACGUCAAGGAUGUCGCAGUUUUAGGGAAACCGCACGAGGUCAGCGGCGAAAUACCGAUCGCUUUUGUUGUCAAACAACCGGGUACCAACCCGUCCGCUGAGGAAAUUGUGGAAUUUGCGAACAGAAACCUGUCACCGGAGAAAUGGAUAAGAGGCGGCGUUAUAUUUGUCGGAGACAUCCCUAAAACUCCAUCGGGCAAAAUUUUGAGACGGAACAUGAUGGGUUUAAUUCCUAAAUUGUAAAUCAAAGUAUUCCCGGAUCGAUUAGAUGAAUACUGUGAAUUUAACUAAUUAUUGAAUAGUGUAAAUUGAAUUUUGUAAAUUUAAUGGGAUAUUGAUUAUUAUAAAUUUGAUCAAAUAUCGAUUAUUGUAAAUUUAACCGAAUAUUGAUUAUUGUAAAUUUGAUCAGGUAUUGAUUUUUGUAAAUUUAAUCAGAUAUUGAUUAUUGUAAAUAA